CCCUACCACGUACUAGACAGCUGGCCUUGAAUCUUCUCUCUUUAUAAAUUAAAAAGAAAUUUAGACGAAAUAUAAAAAACAACACGAAAACCAGAAGAAAAUAAGGAUUUGAGGAUUCUAAGUGAACUUUCUCGUCUUUGCAAUUUUCUCGAGAAAAUUGCCCCUCGAUUGAUUCUGUUUUUUGUUUGAGUGCAGAUGCAGCAGAUGCUUUUCUAAAAAGCUUGCACGUCGUAAAAGAGGGAAUUUGAUAAUAGUUAGUUUUAAUUUAUAAAAAACAUGGUUGCUACUGCUGCUACAUCCUCAUUCUUUCCGGUCACUCCAUCUCCUGACUCCUCUGACUCGAAAAAGAAAAGGCUUGGAAAUGGAUCAAUUAACCUCGGAGGUGUCAAGUCGAAAACUUCUUCUGGAAACUUGCAAGUCAAGGCAAAUGCUCAAGCCCCUCCAAAAAUAAACGGAACCAAAGUCGUUACACCUCCGGCGGAAGUUUUCAAGAACGAAGAUGGUGUCAGUUUCCAUCCUCCGAGGACGUUUAUCAAUCAAUUGCCUGAUUGGAGCAUGCUUCUUGCUGCUAUCACAACCGUUUUCUUGGCUGCUGAGAAGCAGUGGAUGAUGCUUGAUUGGAAGCCGAAGCGACCUGACAUGCUUAUUGAUCCAUUUGGUAUAGGAAAGAUUGUUCAGGAUGGUCUUGUUUUCCGUCAGAACUUCUCGAUUAGGUCUUAUGAGAUAGGUGCUGAUCAGACAGCUUCCAUAGAGACAGUAAUGAAUCAUUUACAGGAAACAGCACUUAAUCAUGUUGGAAGUGCUGGACUGCUUGUAGAUGGUUUUGGUUCAACCCCAGAGAUGUGCAAGAAGAAUCUAAUAUGGGUAGUCACUCGGAUGCAAGUUGUGGUUGAUCGCUAUCCUACUUGGGGUAAUGUUGUUCAAGUAGAUACUUGGGUCAGUGCAUCCGGAAAGAAUUGCAUGCGAAGGGAUUGGCUUGUAAGAGAUAGUAAAACUGGUGAAGUUCUAACAAGAGCUUCAAGUAUCUGGGUGAUGAUGAAUAAAGUGACUAGAAGGUUAUCUAAAAUGCCAGAAGAGGUCCGAGGGGAAAUAGAACCUUAUUUCAUGAAUUCCGAACCUGUUGUUGCCGAGGAUGGCCGUAAAUUAGUGAAACUCGAUGACAGCAGUGCAGAAUUUGUACAAAAAGGUUUAACUCCUAGAUGGAGUGAUUUGGAUGUCAACCAGCAUGUCAAUAAUGUGAAGUACAUCGGCUGGAUCCUCGAGAGUGCUCCAUUGCCAAUCUUGGAGACUCAUGAACUAUCCUCUAUGACACUGGAGUAUAGGAAGGAGUGUGGUAGGGACAGCGUGCUGCAGUCACUAACUGCUGUCUCCGACAAUGGUACCGAUGAGAUCGAGUGCCAGCACUUGCUUCGUCUCGAAGGCGGGUCCGAGGUCAUGAGAGGGAGGACCCAAUGGAGGCCUAAGAAUGCCAAAAUUUCUGGGAAUGUGGGUCAGAUUCCAGCUGAUACUGCCUAGAAAUCCAAGUGUUCUUCCGAGUUAUAUAUGUUUCUAUAUUUUUUCAUGUAUGUAUUUAUCAAUGUAGUAUAUGUAUGUAGCUUCACUGUAUAUCUCUUAUUUAUUCUUUCUUUCUCUCUCUCAACCUUUUAUUCAUUGAAUCAAGAAAACUGUCCAAGGAAAUUAGGAGCAGACCAUGCCAGAGAAGCAUAUUUAGUUAUUCUUUAUUGUUUUAUUAUAUAGUUAUCAUGUGAUGUGUA